AUGUCACAGGUAGUAAAACUUUACAUUUAUGAUUUGUCUCGUGGUUUUGCAAGGACAUUUUCGAUGGGUUUAGUAGGAAGACAAAUAGAUGGAAUAUUUCAUACAUCUGUCGAAAUUUUUGGAAAAGAGUGGUAUUUUGGCCAACAAGAUCAAGGAAUAUUUAAUACUUCUCCAGGGCAAACAAUUCUAGGAGCCCCACAAGAGAUUAUUGAUAUGGGAGAAACUGAAAUACCUGAAAAUAUAUUCUUAGAUUAUGUUGACGAAUUAAAGGAAAAAUACUCAGCUAAUAGUUAUCAUUUAUUUGAAAGAAAUUGUAAUCAUUUUUCAAAUGAUCUUUGCGAAUUUUUAACAGGAAAAUCAAUUCCAAAAUACAUUACUGAUUUACCAAACGAUUUUUUGAGCACACCAUUUGGUCAACAAUUAUAUCCAAUAUUAUUAACUUUAAUUUUAACCAAUAAAAAUUUAGAUAAUUUAACUAGCAGGAUUGACAUUGCCAGGAUUAAACUAAUAAUUGAGAAUAAAAAUGCAAGAAUUGGUGAAUUAGAACAAGAACUAAACCAAGAAAGGGAAAAAGCAGAGGCAUCUAAUAAGAUAAUUUCAGAAAAAGAAUCAUGA